UUGCAUGAUCCAGGCAUACUACGGCCACUGCCGCUACGUUCCCUCCGCGUUCUCGGCGACGUCGAUUCUUCACCGUCGUACCCCUUUGAUUCAGUCGACGCGUUCCGCAUCCUCUCUCCCUACAGCCUCGACGAGGCCGUCAUUAAGGCCAUCCCCCUGUCCGUCUUCACCUGCAAGGUCGGCGGCGGCGGCCUCCUCCACGACUGCGCCAUGUGCCUUCUGGAGUUCGAGGACGACGACUACAUUCGCACGUUGUCGCCCUCCUCCAUGUCUGCACCGUGUGCCUUCUGGAGUUCAGAAAUUUCCAGAUCAAAAUAUCUCCCUAACAUAAUUUAA